AUGCGGCGCUUCCUGCAACAGCUACCUCAGUCGCACCAUCGUCGAAUCAUCCUGACCUGCGCCACCUCGGCUUUGGCUCUGGGUCUCUUCCCCAAGGAAGUCCUGAGGAAUGACAGCCAAAGCGGGAUAGAAUGGACCCCCUCUCAGAUUACAAAAGCCGAACACCGUUCAAUUGCUGCCCGCAAACCCGCCGAGAAUGAACAUAACUCCCAAGGUAAAUCAGGUGCCAAAAGCGACAAUGACGAAUUGCCCCUCUUUGAAGACGAGGAUAGCGCCGCCUGGGCGCAAUUUUCCUCUAGCUUCGCUAAUGUUCGGCGCUCCUUGUCAAGCAUACCAUGGUCUGAUGUCGGAGACAAGAUCGCAAACCGAAUGGCUCCGGCGUGGGUAUUACAGCUGCCAGGAUAUGUAACGAAGCUACAGCUAGAAUUGGACAUGAAGCCAGGCUCACUUGCUGAUGAAAUAUGGCAAGAGGCUCAGGAUCCGUACAUACAUCCGGAGGUUGACUGGAAUACCACUGUAAGGAUUAGUAAAGACUUAUGUCCCGAAGAAGCAGCCUUCAUCAAACUGCGGAAGCAGCACACGACUAGGGCAUUGGCAAGGUACUUAGAUAUUCCCGUGGCCGAUGUAGACCCAGAAGAUGUUCCGACCGUCGCAAUAUGUGGCUCAGGCGGAGGUCUGAGAGCUCUAGUCUCAGGCACCUCGUCUUAUCUCUGUGCACAAGAGGCUGGCUUGUUUGAUUGUGCGACCUAUACUGCGGGUGUCAGUGGUAGUUGUUGGCUUCAAGCAUUGUAUAAUUCAUCUAUUGGUGACACAAAGCACGGGAAUGUCAUUCAACAUCUCAAAAAGCGCAUCGGAACACACAUUGCCUACCCGCCCUCUUUCUUAGAGCUUCUGACACGAAGUCCUACGAGCAAAUACCUUCUGACUGGCACGGUAGAGCGUCUAAAAGGAGAUCCUAAGGCAGAGUUUGGGCUUGUCGACGUGUAUGGACUUCUCCUAGCGACUAGAUUACUUGUCCCCAAGGAUGAACUUGACGUUAGUAUCAAGGACAUGAAACUUUCGGAACAACGCAAAUACGUGAGUGCUGGACAACAGCCGCUUCCUAUCUACUCAGCGGUGAGACAUGAGAUCCCCUUUGAGGACCUACAGGCUAAGGGCGGAAAAGGGCCCGAAGCAAUGAAAGAAAAGGUGAAGCAAGAGGCCUGGUUUCAAUGGUUUGAGUUUACUCCUUACGAAGUUUGGUGCGAAGAUUUUGGCGCGGGAAUUCCGGCAUGGAGUGUGGGACGACAUUUCGAAGAUGGCAGGACCGUUCCAAGCCAGUAUGGUGGUGGGUUACCUGAGCUUCGUAUGCCGUUUCUGCUGGGCGUCUGGGGAAGCGCCUUCUGUGCUACUCUGGCACAUUACUAUAAGGAAGUCAAGCCGAUACUGAAGACUUUCACUGGUUUUGAGCAAAUUGAUCAAGCGCUUGAAAAGAAAAAUGACGAGCUGACCAAGGUUCACCCCUUCGAGCCCGGUACGAUCCCCAAUUUCGCUUUUCAGAUGAAGGGCAAGCUACCAGCUACUUGUCCUGAGAAUGCUUUCAAUCAAGAAUAUCUGCAGCUUAUGGAUGCCGGAAUGGACAACAAUCUCCCAAUCUAUCCACUCCUUCGGCAAGGAAGAGAUGUUGACAUCAUAGUAUGUUUCGACGCUAGUGCAGACAUUAAGCAGGAGAACUGGCUCUCUGUUGCUGACGGCUACGCAACGCAACGCAGCAUCAAAGGCUGGCCGCUAGGCGCUGGCUGGCCGAAGCAGGAGCUAUCCAUUGAAGAUACUCAUAAAGUAUUGGAUGAGAUUGACGCGACUGCCCCUGGAAAAGCAAUCGAAAAGGUCGAGGAGGCAGUGAAGACCAAGGAGCAGAGACAUGAGAAGGAUGACAAGGCUAAUGACAGCACUUCGCAGCCUGCGCCUCAGAGCGCACCCGACUCCGAAUUAGGAUACUGUAAUGUAUGGGUCGGCACAACACUCACCCGGACAAGCACUGCAGAACCACCAAAAUCAAAACGUCUUCAGCCAAACGAAGACUGGGAGCUUGCAUCCCCUGAUGCAGGUAUAACAAUGAUCUACUUUCCACUACUCCCAAACCCAAAGGUUGAGGGCGUAGAUCCAGAAAAGUCGCCCUACCUCAGUACCUGGAAUUUCAUCUACACGCCUGACGAGAUUGACAACGUUGUUGCCCUAGCUCGCGCAAACUUUGAGGCUGGUGCUGCGCAAACCAAACAGACGAUCAGGGCGGUGUAUGAGCGAAGAAAAGCGCGACGACUUAAGUCAGAAGCUGAUUCUGACAAGCAAAGGUGGGCAAGCAGGGUCCGAAGGGGAGGAGACCAAUUUCGCUGA